ACAAAAAAGGUGGGAUAACGCUAGGGCAAGCGAGUGCGCAUGGACCACAUGUUAUCUUAUCGGAUACAGACACUUGAUAGGCUGCUUUAUGACCCACUAUCGUGUCUUGGGGUACGUACCUAAGGGAGUACAUACAUAUGUAGCUUAAUAGCUAGCUGCUGGGCACCUCUUCAAUAUGGCAGUUUACAUUGUGAUAAACUUUCCUACAGCAAUUGCAGCAUGAGUUGACAAGGUAUCAUUGGCCUGGCCCUUUUCUUGCUGCUGCACCAUCUCGACUGUCAUCGAAGCUGAAGUCAAGAUGGCUUCAUCUGUAACUCUUCACCUGCGAACCCCUACUGAUCAAGCUCCUUCCUCCAAUCCCUUCCCUCAGCUCAUACACACACCAUCCGGACUGGCUAUUCUUGAGCUACAAGGCACCAUCAACUUGCCUCAGUCAGACCAACAGGACAGCGAAGGAGGUUGUCCUGAGCUAGAAAUUGGCCGCAUCUCAUUUCCAGAUUAUCAUCCAGAGACACAAGACGCGUCGAGCACCGCGUGGAUGAAGCGGGUUCACUUGUACGUGGGACAGCACCAAAGACUCACUGGAGAAGUAAAGAAGCUGCCUAGAGCUAUGGCUAUCAUUCGCAAAAGACAAACGUCUAACCUAGACGUGGAAACGGCCGGCCCAUCCUCUGAAGAUGCGAGGGAGGAUUUAGAGGUCGUUGAAAUUGUUAAGUAUAAGCUGAUGUUUUCGCAUCGCCCUGAGCCUGUUGGGCGCGUAUGAGACAGGGAUAGGCCAUUGGUACCUACCUAGUUAAGGUGCAGGAAACAAUGCAACGCCCAUUGCCGCUCAACUUUCAUGCGCCUCACUUUGGCACAAGUAAAUAUCCUCGGAAAGCCUGAGGAAACCAAUCCGUUAUUGUUUACGGAAGGACUAAAUUCAAAACUUCAUGGGGCGAGGUUUGUCAGCUCAGUGUACAGUCGACACUAUUAUCACCAAAACCCGACUUUGCAGGGGCCAACGACAAAGCAUAAAAAGCCUCACUGAUGAUAUUUCUCUUUCCCGACACCAGUACCAUGGUUUACCAUUCCAAUAUGAAACAUAGCAACUCUCGAGACUGAGAAUAGUUGUCUGGCUGAGCCAGCUGCCGAUAAGCGAUCCCCGAAGCGACUUCUAUCCCGAUCAUGGUUCCAUUCGAUCGUCUUUGCACGUGGUGCUAAUUAUUCAGCUAAGCCAUGAUACUGUGAGGCAAUUUA